AGCCGUGUAUGCGCGAACAACGUGUGGGCAAUGGCGGCGGGCGUGCAUGGAGGCUGGGGGGGUAUUAAGUCCCGCCAUUUCAGCACGUGGGCGUGUGCUUUGGCAGCCCAAAAAUAGAGCUCACGAGGAAAGUAAAAAAGCCAACAACGCCUAGGUCACCUCUAGCUAGUGUCACCUCAAGUAGCUCGGACCACAGCUUUCCUGCACCUUUGCAUGGCCACAUUUCAACGCCACAGUCAGGCCCGAUGUGGUGCCAGUUAGGACCGCGAGUAGCAUCGGGAGUCGCAUCGGGUCCACCAUGGCACUAAGGUAAAUCAGACGUGUGUAAGGAAGCGUGAGGAAGCUAUAGAAGGCAAUAUCGGGGGCCAGCAGCGAAUGUACGGCAGUUUAGAAUCCAUAGCCCCUUUGAAGCGCCCAUGCAGCCGCAGCUUCUCCGAACAGGCGUUUACGUGUAGACACUUAUUUGCACACGCGCCCCUGACAAGCGGAGCGCCUAGAAGCACCACAGCAGCGCAACCGAAGCCUCGCUCGGCAAUGGCCGCCUCAACCCAAUCGCUUUGUUCAUGCAGCAUUGCAUACAGCAUGCGCCGCCUUGUGUCCUGCCUGGUUUCGCCAAACCCAGCGUGGCACAGAGGAUACGGUAGACAGAGCGUACCCUGUUCCCGGGGCCACUUGGCAGCAGUCUCAGCACCGCGCGUCUUGCGUCUUGCGCGACAAUUCUCUCCCGCCCCGCUCUGACGGCAGGACCGCGUAGCGGGUGGUAGCGGGUGUGGCCGGAUGCACCUCGUCCGCACGUGCAAUGACGUGAAUCGGACGACCGGCAGGGCACCGGAGUGCCGCAGCCACGAUGAUCAUACGGCAUCGGAACACGCAACGGUGGGAUGGGAUGAGAGCCGCAACGCAGCCCACCCCCAGGAACUGGAUAAAUGGACAACCGAACAGUCAACAGACACCAGAAGCUGAGAAGCACAAGUAAAGCCACGCACAGCAGUAGAGCGCCGAUGAGGCAAUAAACACGCGCAAGAAUCGACAACAAAACGCAAUCACCCCGAGCCCAUGGGCGCCGCCGUGCCGCCGCCAGGCCGCCUCCACACGGCCUGCGGCACUAGCUGCACCACCGGCUGCCGUGGCAUGAGCCGCGGCCGUUCUGGGCAGGCAGUCCACCUCCGGCUCUGAAGCCACGCCCGCAGCCUCGUCGGCGCCAGGGUGCAGAGGUCGCGCCGUACCGCAGGCAGCAGCGGCCCCGUGGAAGGGCGGGGGCGAGGGGUGGCCCCGCUGCUAGCUGCGUCGCCACCAGCGCCUAUUGCGCCGAGCAAUGCUGCCAGGGAGUGGAAAUGCAUCGAGGCGAGGUAGCGGAAGGGGAGAGGGCGAGCGCCGGAGGGUACUACGGUACGAUGGAGCUCGCUAUGCUAUCAGGCUUCAUUCCCGCCUGGCCCUUCGGUCCCCCCAGACCUCCAGCGCAGCAAACGCCGCAUGCAAACGGUAGUCUGCAAUCCUAGAACAUUAUUCUGCACGAACGCAUGAACGCUUCAUUUCUCGUCAACGUGCAUGGGUCAGCCGCAGAGCCACUCCCAUUGUCGGCUCAUACACAUGCACGCACGUUAUCCUGACUUGCACAUGCACGGCAUCAAUGCCAGGGGAGGCGCCUUCUGCUGUCAAUAUCUCCCUCUUGCCUUGUCAAGGACAGCGCUGCAAUCAUCCAAUCCUGGCACACGCAUACGCACGCACGCAAGGCAAUGUUACGCAGGAAGAGGCCUCAAGCACAGGUUUGGCUCAUAACUGCCUCAGCAGGUCCCUCGUGUAAUCAGUCUCGAAUGCACGCACGAACCCUGUAUGUCGGGAUGGGCAAGUGAGCCCUGAAGGCUGAAGCCACCCACAGAGCGGGCCCGCGCGGCCCAGGCCCGCCAUGCUUGCGGCAGUACGUGCUUCACCGGCACGUACUGGUUGUUUCGUACGGGUAGUGUCCUUGUUAGUGAUGAGUUUGCUGCUUUACAGGAGGUGAGGCCCACAAUGUGCCGGGUGCGUGUGAUGCCCCGACCUGUGCUUGUAAUGCAGCCAGGGGUGCAGGGCGUUGCCGGGAUCACAGAUGUGAGCACUGCGUUUGGGCAUAGCGCUGCUUAGGUUGUCAGGUGGUCGGCUGCUCAGCGAUUGAAGAGUGCUUACAACAUGACAGAUUGACAGGCCACCGUCGUGCCGCACACACUUGGGCUGGCUCCUCGCUCUGUAACGCUGCAUGCCU